AUGGCCAGCGAUUCCGACUCUUCCCCGAUUCAAAUCGUCGUGGACGGCAAGGGCACAGACUGGGACACAGCCAUCUACACGUCCAACGACCCCGUCCACGGCCACGUCCUCAUCGACACGCGCCUCAAGCCAUCCAGCGUGACAAUCUGCUUCAGCGGCAAAGCCAUCUCGCAAGUCCAGGACAUAUACGGGCUUGUAAACACAGCCGAGAGCGUGCUCUUCUCAUACGAAACGACGCUCUUAUCUAGCAGCGAGUCCGACAUCCCUGCUUCAGAAAGCAGCAGCAGCCCCUUCGCCACCUUCCCCUUCGAGUUCCGCUUCCCGUCUUCGGUCCAAAGCGACGGCCGCAACCUAAAGGACAAUCCAAUCUUUGCACGCGAACCGGGCCACCCGCUUCCCCCGUCCAUGGGCGCCUCGCACUUCCCCUCGUCCGGGAACGCCGCUUACAACGCCCCGACCUUGGGCCCGUCCGUCUACGCCCUCAAGCAGGUCGUCAACUACGCGCUCGAGGCCGAGCUCCGCAGCACCAAGUCCUUCAAACUCCUCAGCGGCACCAAGAAAACCACCACCUACAUCCGAUACCUGCCAUCGUGCGCCUCGCCCUCCCACGCCAUCCUCAACCGGCGCACCGUAACCAUGACGCGCCAAUCCCGGCGCCUCGACCCCACCCACGCCGGCACGCACAGCCUCCGCGCCAAGCUCAAGGACAUCAUACCCAGCGCCUCCGCCCCCACCGCCACCUUCGCCCUCCUCACCACCACCCCCGCCACCCUCCGCGCCAACCACCCCCUCGCCGCAACCCUGCGCCUCGAGCACAAAGCCCGCGCCCCGGGUCUCCCUGGCCCGCCUACCCUGCGCCUCCGCGGCUUCCGCGUCCUGCUCAAAGCGCUCACGCACGCGCGCGUCCCGUACGAUGGCACGACGCAGCCAUUUAGCGACGAGCUCGUGGCGUCAGACGCGUGCGGGAUUCCGCUUGCGGUGCGGCGGUGGGGCGGGGUGGGCGAGGAGGAGGGGGUGUUGCUGCGCGAGGGGGAGGAGGUGCAGCUGGCGUCGCUGGCGGAAGAUGGGCGGUUGGAAGUUGGCGCAGAGGUCGCGCCGAGCUUCAAGACGUAUGGGCUUGCGAGGGAGUAUGAGCUUGUUGUCAGGCUGUGGGUCGAGUGCGCCGGGAAGGUGUAUGAUGUCGAGGCGUCCAAGUUUGGGGUUGAGGUACUUUCGCUGGUUGGUGGAAGGGGUAGGGAGGCAAGGGAGGGCAGGGUGGGAGAGGGUGGUGUACCUGGUAAGCACGUGCCGGCAAGAGACGACUCGCCCUCUGCUGCCGUCUUGCAGUGGAACGACGAUGACGACGACGAUAAUCCGCCUCCGCUAUACGAGGAUAUUGUGAACGCUGACCACCACGCGGACGGAGGCAAGGCGUGA